AUGCCGGCUAUAGAAGAUGCCGGCGACGGAUUGCCGUCUACGGCGGAGAAAACCCUGUUCGGAAAAUACGAGGUCGGUCGUCUCCUUGGCUAUGGAGCCUUUGCUAAGGUGUAUCACGCUCGUGAUGUGCAAACGGAGAAGAGUGUGGCAAUUAAAGUCAUCAACAAGCAGAGGAUUCUGAAAGGAGGCCUUGCUGCCAACGUCAAACGCGAGAUCUCUAUUAUGCGCCGGCUGCGCCACCCUAAUAUCGUGCGCCUUCUCGAAGUGCUUGCCAACAAGAAGAAAAUCUACUUUGUAUUGGAAUUCGCAAAAGGAGGCGAGUUAUUUGCCAAAGUUGCCAAGUCACGUUUUAGCGAGCAUCUCAGCCGUCGAUAUUUCCAGCAACUCAUCUCAGCCGUUGGCUCUGACGGAGCAGAUCCGACCCGAUGGACUCCUCCACACGCUUUGCGGGACCCCUGCUUACGUUGCACCGGAGAUUUUGUUGAAGAAAGGUUACGAUGGUGCAAAGGUGGAUAUCUGGUCCUGCGGCAUCAUCUUGUUCGUCCUCAACGCAGGUGGACGUCGCCAGAUCUGAAACGGCUUAUAUCACGUCUCCUCGACACGAAUCCUCAAACGAGAAUCACCGUGGAUGAAAUAAUCAACGAUCCUUGGUUUAAAAUCGGUUACAAAGAGGUCGAAUUUCAUUGCGAUCAUCUCGAAUUGAAAGACGAUGACGAUGACGGCGAUUCCGCCACUUCCACCUCUACCGGCGACAAUCUGAAGGUAAUGAACGCAUUCGAUAUAAUCUCCUACUCGUCUGGAUACAACCUGUCUCGGCUGUUAGAUGAUCGAGAGGUCGGAGAACGGUUUCUUUCUAAGGAUUCGCCGGAGAAAAUCAUUGAGAAGGUGGUUGAGGUAGCGGAGGGGGAGAAUUUGACGGUGGUUACGAGAAAAGGGUGGUGUGUGAAAGUUGUAGGAGGGUAUAAUUGUAAUUUUGUAAUGGCGGUGGAGAUAAAACGAUUGACGGAAGAGCUGGUGGUAGUUGAAGUUAGGAGAAUAGAGAGUGAGUUCCCUUCAAGGGACUGUCUCCCAAAUAGAGACAGCCAAAUCGAAACCCACGAAGAAGCUACGCCGCUCCGUCGCCAACAAUCCAUCCUUCGCCCGCAAGUUCACCCGUCUCCGGCAUGUCUUCGGCAGAGACGAUCUCCGCCACUCCACAGUCGAUUCCAUCAGGGACUGUAUCAAUGGGAUCCUUAUAAGUACACUGAUGAAGUUAUACAUGAUGCAUCGACGGAGGUCAUGAAAAGUCGUUUUUCUGACACGAUGACAAAUGCACGGAAAGAAUCUGCUAAACUUGCUAAGGCAAAAAAUGUCAAUGCAUCAGGUGAUAUGUCCCUUUUGAAGCCGUUUAACCCGAAGUGGAUAAGAUCAGAAUACUGGGAAAAAAUGAUUGAUGAAGUUUGGAACACGGACAAAUGGAAACGUAAGUCGGAGUCAGGAAAGGCAAAUAGAAGCAAAAUGGAACACGGUUCGAUUUCCAAACACUGUUGUGGUUCUAUUCCAAUUUCUCAUCAUAGGGACAAAUUGAGCUGA